AUGAGAUGGGUUCUAGCCAUAUUAGCUGUGGUGGGCUUGGUGAAGAGUCAGCUAGAUUGUGACAUUUUGGAUCCCGAAUGCCGCGCACGUUAUAGAAAUGGUGGCCAUCGAUCUGAUAUCAAACGAAAAAUCAAUUCGCGCUGCAAUUACCAAGACAUUUGGCUGAUACCAGGAAGAGCCGAUGGCAGUUGUACAAGACCGGGUGCUAAGCGGGUACUGGAAAUCAACCCGGGACAAGUACACAUCAAACCGGACGUUGUCCGUUUUCCUGGCUGUUUCACCCUCGAGAUAAAAAAUCUAAAGGUAAAAGAUGAUCAAGAUGCAUUAGACAAUUCUUUCUUCGCUAAAGCCGAAUAUCAAUGGUGGAAUGUAAAAGAUUUUUCGAAUCUUAAAUGCCAAAAUGCCACGAAUAACGGGUGUGGUGGCUAUGGAAAUAACUGCUAUUACUGCGAUGUGUGUGAAUCACUAACAGAAAUCGACAAUUCGCGUGAAAAUCAAGACUCCCUCGCUAGUCAACUAAAAGGGAUCAAUUGCCCUCAAAGGCCUGGCUAUUACACUUUUAGAAAAGAAUUUUGCUUCAAUGAUUGGUCAGCUUUCGAUGCAGAUGGGGAUUGUGAAAUGGAUUUCCUACAAGGAGACCGUGGAGAUUACAAGGGAGCGCUCUCAAGCUUGCAACAAGUAGGAUAUGGAUCAGUAAUCGCAAAAAUAAGAUUAGCAUUUAAUGCCACAGGAGGGGUUGCCCGUAAAAGACAGUUGAAAGAGUUACAAAUAGAGGAAUCAGUAGCCAAAGAGUUAGAGGAGCGUAGGCGUACAUGGGAUGUUAAUAAUGGACAAUUUGAUAAGUUCAGUCAGUGGUAUACCGAAUAUCGCAAGAACAUUUGGCACAGAGAUGAUUACCUUCCCUGGCUCCUCUAUGAGAACGAGGUUUCAUGCUUGAAGCUGACGUUCGAUGUUUGUGAAAAGCCGCCAAGACGAAUAAACUUUGGAGGAAGAACCAGAUAUACUUGUGAAAAUUAG